AUGUCCUGCGCUCGCGCUCUCCGCGUCUCUCUGAGUCUACUCCUUGUUGGGGCCUUCGCCAUUGCCAUUCUCGCUGGCCCAGCAUCCGCUUCACCGUCCUCGCUAGCCACCUCUGCAACGCUCACCAACCUUGGCACAGUCAAGCCCGCCACUCUGUCGAACGCUGUGCGUUACACCCUUCCAUAUGCUCAACCUCCUGUAGGAGGACUCCGCUUCGCCAACACGCUAAAGUUGGGGACAUUGCCUAGCAAUUACAGCGCAGCUGUCCAGGCAAGCGGGUGUAUGCAGAGUGGUGACUCUACAGACGAUGGAGUAUCUUUCAGCGAGGACUGUUUGUUCAUGGACGUCUAUGUCCCUGCCAACGCUACUACUUCUUCGGCACUUCCCGUCCUUGUCUGGCUACCAGGCGGAUCCUUCAUCGGAGGCUCAGCUCGCAACGCAGGGCUGGACGGCUCCCUCCUGGCUGCAGAGCAGAACAUCAUCGUCGUUAUUAUGCAAUACCGCCUGGGAGUCUUUGGCUGGCUGCAAACCGCUUCAACCUUUGACGAGACCAAGGGCGGCGCUGCAGGCAGCUCUACAGUCGCGGGCAACCAGGCUGUGCGCGACGUUGUGAUGGCUCUUACUUUCAUUCAAGACCAUGUUGGGUCUCUCGGUGGAGACAAGAGCAAAGUGACCUUGGCUGGCCAAUCCAGCGGUGGUCACAUGGUCCGGGCCCUCCUUGGUACUCCGGCUGCUGACGACCUCUUCUCGCAAGCAAUCAUAGCAAGCGACCCCGAGAAUUACGGUGCGAGCUCUGUCAAGACACAGAACGUUCUUGGCGAUUCUGUGCUUCUACAAUUGUGGUGUUCCACCCUUUCUUGUGCCAGGAAAGCUUCGGCAAGCAAGGUCCUCGAGGCCAGUGAGAUUGCUUUCUCCACCGCUCACACCUUCCACAGCAACAUUCCCGCCGGCGAACCAUGGAGACCGAUGCUGGGCUCAUACAUCUCUGGCGAUGUGCAGAAGAAUGCGUCUGCCGGUCCCAAGAGGAAGGUCAUCUUCUCUACUGUCCCGAACGAGGCCGGCGCGGUAGUCGGAGCGAAUAUCGGAGCCACUGCCGCGAAUGCAAAGCUUCUACCGCUCGCCUCUAUUCCCUGGUUCAAAGUGACACUGCAGUUCGCCGCUGACAUCUUCUACAGUGGCGGACGAGGAACAAAACUUGCUACCAAUGCAGCUUAUGAGCAGAACAGCACCUCUGUAGGGCAAAAGGACGGCCUCAGGGCGCUGCUUGAGGGCAUGGGCACUGAUGGCACCUUCCGCUGCUCGUCCCAGCACACCGCCCUCGCCCUCGCUACGGCUGGGCACAAGGUCUACAUCGCUGAGCACCACCAAGGCUACACUUACCCUGACAAUGCUGACAUUGACUACUGUACGGAGUCAGGCAAGGUCUGCCACGAAGACGACAUCUACCUCGUCUUUGGCACGUACCCUGCCGAUGCCACGUCCGCUGUCGUCGCCGCCAGCAAGGAGCUGCGAGCCAGAUGGGGCGCCUUUGUGCGAGGAGGUACACCCAAUGCAGAUGGCUACCCAAUGUGGAGCACCACGAAGAGCGUCACUGAGCUCAAUGUGCUGCAAUUGGGUGCCAAAUCGGAUGGAGCGUCGGGCAUUGCGAGCCAGCAGAGGCUGCAGGCCUGUAGCGUGUGGGGCAGCACGGUGCAGUACGACUGGCAGAUGUACGGCUAAAGGCGCUGGAAUUCCGAUGAACAGCUUUGAGGUUAUCGUUGCAAUUGUCAAUACAAAUCGUUUUGCU